CCCGCAGCCUCUCUCACCGAGCUCGACAUGUUCCUCGACCCCGACUCUGUGCCCCCCACUGUCGUGCCUCCCUUCCCUGCAGGUCCGUCCACUGCUCCGCCUCGUGAGGCCCCACUUGUGACGCCCUCCCCCGCACAGCCACGUGUGGCCUCGACGCCUCCUGAGUCGCCCUGCGCGGCCCCAUCGGCACCGCCCUCCCUCGCACAGCCAGCGUCCCCUCCGUCGCCUCGCGCGGCCCCGUCGUCCCCCGCACAGCCCCGUGCGGCCCCGGUGCCUCUCGGACCAACGCACACUGCCCCGUCGUCUCGCUACACCGACCCCAUCCAGACGUACCAGCGCUGUGGUCGACGUGGUGCCCCGGCUCGCUCUCGCGCCGAGCCCCUGGCCUAUCACCCCGUCGUCGUCCACCGGGAUCCUCGACACAUCCACCCGAUGGUCACCCGGCGCGCGGCAGGUGCCCUCCGGGCACCUGAUCGCCUGAUUCUCUCCACGACCUCUUCUCCGGCUCUUCCGCCGGUGCCCACGACUGUCCGUGGUGCGCUUGCCGACCCCCAGCGGCGACAUGCCAUGGAAGCGGAAUACGCGGCUCUCCAGGGUAACCACACCUGGGACCUGGUGCCCCCUCCCAUCGGCGCCAACGUGGUCACCGGGAAGUGGAUCUUCAAGCCGAAGCUGAACGGCGACGGGUCCCUGGAGCGGUACAAAGCCCGCUAUGUGCUCCGGGGCUUCACCCAGCGCCCCGGGGUUGACUAUGACGAGACCUUCAGUCCGGUGGUCAAGCCUGCCACCGUCUGGACUGUUCUGGCUCUGUCCAGGGACUGGUCAGUCCACCAACUCGACGUGGCGAACGCCUUCCUCCACGGCACCCUGACGGAGACGGUCUACUGCACUCAACCCGUUGGGUUUGUCGACCCUGCUCACCCCGACAUGGUCUGCAAGCUCAACAAGUCCCUCUACGGCCUCAAGCAGGCCCCCCGGGCUUGGUAUAGUCGCUUCGCCACUUUCUUGUGUUCGCAGGGUUUCGUCGAGGCCAAGUCGGACACGUCCCUGUUCAUCCUCCGUCGCGGUCCGGACACUGCGUACCUCCUCUACGUCGGUGAUAUCGUGCUCACCGCCUCCUCCCCUGGGCUCCUGCGUCACAUCAUCUCCUGCCUCCAGCAGGAGUUUGCGAUGAAGGACCUCGGGGCCCUCCACCACUUCCUAGGGGUCACCGUCGAGCGCAGGCCCCAGGGCAUGUUCCUUCACCAACGGCAGUACACCGUCGACCUCCUCAAGCGCGCUGGCAUGGUCGAGUGCAAGCCAUGCGUGACCCCAGUGGACACCCAGGGCAAGGUCUCUGCCGCAGGCACCCCCGUCGCUGAUCCGACCGGCUACCGCAGCCUUGCUGGGGCCCUGCAGUACCUCAUCUUCACCCGGCCCAACAUCGCUUACGCCGUCCAGCAAGUGUGCCUUCACAUGCACGACCCUCGGGAGCCGCACCUCACCGCGCUAAAGCGCGUCCUGCGGUACUUGCGUGGCACCAUCGACUUUGGGCUCCUCCGCCGCUCCCCGACCACGGAGCUUCGCGUCUACACCGAUGCCGACUGGGCAGGCUGUCCAGACACGGGCCGGUCCACCUCGGGCUAUGCCGUCUUCCUAGGGGACAGCCUCGUCUCCUGGUCAUCGAAGCGCCAGCCGAUCGUCUCCCGCUCCAGCGCCAAGGCCGAGUACCGUGCCGUGGCAAACGACGUGGCUGAGGCGACUUGGCUCCGUCAGCUGCUUCAAGAGCUCCACAGUCCGCUAGCACGGAGCACCCUCGUCUUCUGCGACAACGUCAACGCCGUCCACCUCUCCACCAACCCUGUCCAACACUAGCACACGAAGCAUGUCGAGAUCGAUCUUCACUUUGUCCGCGAGAGGGUCGCCUGUGGAGAUGUUCGCGUCCUCCACGUCCCGACCGCCUCCCAGUUCGCCGACGUCUUCACCAAAGGGCUUCCGUCCGCGGUGUUUGCAGAGUUUCGGUCCAGUCUCAACAUCUGCAGUGGCUAGAGUUUCGACUGCGGGGGGGUGUUACAGAUAUAUGUAUAUGGGCCUGGCCCAUUAGGACACCAGUACUGUAGCCGCACUGUAGCUAGGGUUUACUAGUACUGUAACUGCAGCCGCACUGUAGCUAGGGUUUCUGUAACAACAGACAUUCUCACAUUGACUACAAACUUUGAUAAUAUAUUUUCUCAAAUUUAAAGCACCCUAAUCAUGAGGUCUAUAUGACCAAUUGGCUGCAUCUAAGCUAUUAGACAAACUAAUGAUGCAUCAUUCUGACUCGGACUAUUAAUGUUUUAAAAACAUGGUGAGAACAAAACCAACUAAGAGUGUACCUGAGCAUAAGUAGUAGAAGUAUAGUGCAUCUGGCUCUUAGGGGAAUGAACAAACUAUUACCUGAUCUCAUCUGGACCACGGUUCACCAUCCUGUUGAGAACCCAUUUCUCGCUCAUCACCGAGAACGAAAUUUCGACGAAAACCGUCCAAAAAACACUAAUCCUGAGCAAUUUGCAAUUUUCAAUUUUGAAAUCAUCUUUUUUCAUUUUUCUUGCUGAAAACCACCGCUUCCCGAUUGGUUUUCGCUAAAAAACAACCGAGAAACCGAUUUUCAAUUUUUUCGACCGACUUACGUUUCAAAUUCAAAUAAAAUAGUUUAUCGGAUUUCUCGGCGAGAUACCGCUGUUUUUACCGAUUUUCGCUGUUUGUUUACCGUUUUUUCAAAUAAUUUUUUUGAUUUUUUGAAUUUUGAAUGAUUAAAAAAAAACCGCUGGAAAACUGUUAUCGGUCUGGUCCAGUAACGGGAAACCGGACUGGUUUUCGCCGGUUUUCGAGAUGUUUUGUAAUCCGUGGUCUGGACACAUGGCAAGCAUUUAUCAGUAGGCAAUUAGAUCUGCUAUCAGCAAUAAAUAGAUCUGAUUCCCUGUGUUCCUGCUAUAGUAACAUUUUUCCAAUGUCUGUACCCUUCGAUAUUGUUGUACCAGUGAGGCAAUGUGGGCAAACCUUGUGGCUUGUGCCCUCCCACCUGCUAUCUGGUGGCAUUACCGAAAGUAGAACUGCUGUCAUAUUAUUUAUAAGUGAUUGUUUAUUCUUGCAGGCAUCAAAAUGCGCAACAUUCUACUCAACAUUUUUAUGAUCACUUAGUGCCCUUAUGUCAUUAAUGAGUUAGUAUCUUUUUUUUUCUCGAAAAAACGCAGGAGGACUGCGUUUUAGAUAUAUAUUAAGAAGAGAGAGACAAAGGUCUAAGAGACCAAAAAAACAACAACAACGCACUCCCUAUGGAGGCCAGUAACACUCGUACAUGAAAGGAUCCAUAAAAACACCCACACACACUCCUUACAACAACCUAUGCAGGGGGCAGCCAAGAAGGAGAGCCCUUUGGCUCCAGCAAUUUCCCAGCCUCUUCUUUCCUCAUCUGCAUGCUCCAUAAUCAAAGGAAGGCUGGGAGACCCUCCAUAAAAAAUGACUCUAUUACGAUGCUUCCAAAUCAUCCACGACCCUAAAAUGAUGAGGGAGUCAAGACCUUCCCUGACCAGACCAUUUACUGUCUCUGAAACCAUCUCCCACCAAUCCAUAAAGGAAACUGCAUCUGGCUGUGGGGCUAAACUAUGCAGCCCGAACUUUCUUAGUAGGUUGUACCAGAAAAUCCUUGAGAAGACACAAUUCACAAGCAAGUGGUUCAGAGUUUCCCCUUGCUGGUCACAUAAAGGACAUCUGAUAGGGUGAUUCAAUCCCCUUCUUACCAAGCGAUCAGCUGUCCAACAUCUAUUUUGGGCCACCAACCAAAUGAAAAAACAACAUUUUGGUGGAGCCCAAGAUCUCCAAACCCUUUUAUAGUGCCCAAAGGUGGUAGACCCAAGGAAAAGACCCAUAUAAGCUGACUUUGCAGAGUAUCUACCAUUCGAAUAUAAGCUGAAAAUAUGUCUAUCCUCAGUGUUAGGCUGCAGCACAAAAUCUGCGAGAAUAUUCCAGAGGUGUAGAUAAUCUACAAUGGCACCAACUGUAAGAGCCCCUUUGAUGUCUGCAAUCCAUCGUCUGUUCAAUAGGGCCUGCUGCACAGUUCUUCUGUUAAUAAUUCUUUUUGGAAUAAUGCUGAAUAAUCUUGGAGCAAUAUCAGAUACCCUUUUGCCAUGGAUCCAUUUAUCUAUCCAGAACAUGGUGUUGGUCCCAUUCCCCACCUCAGAGAUCAACACCUUGGAGAAGGAAUGGGCCGUGCUAGGAAUUUGAAUGGACAGGCUAGACCAUGGGCGUCUUGGGUCAGUUUUUUGCAACCAAAGCCAUCGCAUGUGGAGGGCCCAACAGAGCUUAGGAAGGCCGUGUGUUGGCCCAAGAGAUCUAAAGCCCGCUGCUAUGCAUUCGGGCGCGUGUGUCGUGGCCCGACGGCCUGGGUGGGCGCGCCGUGUGUGCGGUGGCCCGACGGGCACGCCGUGUGUCGGCGGUCCGGUUCCAAGUUCCAACAGCCCUUUGAGUGUGCUGCUUGAGUUGGCAAUACAGAGGAAUGAGGAGAUACCGGCCUUGGUCUAUGAGGCCAGGCCGGUGGAUCCCCGCCAUGGCCGAAAUUGGCGUUGUGGAUGGGGAAGGGAUGCAAGAUUUGGAUGCCAGUUGCACGGUUGAGGUGAUUGGGGAGGUAUCGGAGAGGAACCUUCAACCCAACUCUAGAAACUGUUUUUUCCCUCGAAUGCGCAAGAGAGGAGAUUUUUGCCAUUAUAAAACACGGCACGUUCAGCUUCAUCGAAACGGAGGCGUUGGGGAGGGAUUCGACGAUAUGGAAAAACACAGGACGCGCAGCCGACGAAAUAGACUCAAAAUCUCUUUUAUGCGUAGCGACGGGCCAUUAAGCUCCUGCAUCUGACGCCGUGACCUUGCUGUGACUUGCCUCCAUCCUUUCUCUUCUCUCUUCCACCGAGUUCUCUCUUCCAGCAGGAGAAACCCUAGCCGCCGCCUCUUCAAUGGACCGGGUUCCUCCGGUUGAAGCUGUAGCCGACGCGUACAACGCCGCACGAGCAGCUGCCGUUGCUGCAGUAGAAGCGCAUUCGGCGGCCAUCAUUGCGGAGGAGGCAAUCGCUGCUGUGAAGUAUGCUGCAAUUGCUCGCGAAAAGUUUGAAGGAGCUGUUGAUUCAGUGAAGAACUCAACCUUUGUCUAUGCUAAUGCCACUGUUGAGGCUUUGGUAAUAUUUCUGCACACUGUUUAUUUUCUAGAGAUCGACCCCGUUUAUGCUGCCGGGUCACCCGAAACAAGAUCGACCCCGUAAUGCCUGGUCACCCGAAUCAAAACUUGUUUAUUGUCUAGAAGGCACCGUGUUGUUUGUAUUCCAUUGUAGCUGGUACUUGUUUCUUGGUUGUUUACAGGACAAUGUUGAUUUGAAGUAUCAUGUUAGCAUCAAGAAUUCUCUGCGAUACGCGAUUCAAGAGAUGAGGAGACAAUCAACACUGCUACAUACAAUUAAUUCUAUCUGUUCUAGUAUCCCAGAAGUUGAGGGGGGCAAGAUAGGGAAGGUUGUUGGCCACCUGGACCAUGUCUGCAAGAUGCUAGAGAAGACUUCUAUUGUUUGCGAACAAGAUUUGGAUAAUAAGUGUCCUAGUUGGGACCUAUUUGACCCCCCUUCGGAUGUUGAAGAUCACCCUGAUGUUGAUGAACUACUUGAAGGAUACAACUCAGAAGAUCCGGAGCUGUGGGAAAUGGCGUUUGAGGACCGGAAGUGGGAGGAGAAUAAAGUGGCAGUCUCCUUGGCUGAGCAUUGUCGUAUUAUGGGUUACAAUUACGAAGAGAUUUAUGAUCGUACUGUUUGAGUCGACAAGGGGCAGCAUAGGAACAAAGCAACGGCUGGCAUUGAGUCUGGCAGUGGAGGCAACAAAGGAUACUGGUAUCAGUGCUUGCAGCUACAUCUUCAGACAACUGAUGUUCUUGAAGACGAAGGUUGAUGCGGACUAGCAACGUGCUUUUUCUCCUAUUCUUCAACGAAUGAGGAUGCAGCAUUUGUUCUCUAUACAUUAAACAUCUCUCUUUGCAGAUUUAUAUGCAAACCUGGGUGCCUCCACAAAAGUCUAAACCCUUAUACAUCUUGUUAUAUUUCCUCUCCAAAUGGUAAGGUUUGAAUGGAUCUUAAUUUUUUUUAUUUUUUCCCAGAGAUAGAACUAACUCAUAUUCAGAUUUACUUCACAUGUGUAUCUCAAGAAUCAUUUGUUUCCAUUUUUUAUGGAGCUAGUAGUUUCAAUCUCAACUGCUUAUGUUCAUUGUUGGCAUGUCUUAGUUAUAGAAAAGUACAUAAAAGUUGAUAGUGUGUUUCACAGAUCUAGACUCACUCAAAAUAGGUCUUUCUGUACUCAAACAUUUCUAUAACAAUAAUUUGAUCCAAUAACCCUGUGACUGUAAGCUGGGUGAAGGGACAUCAUCUAUCAGACUAUGAACUUUAGAAAUCCGGGUCAUCUUUUGUGGCUCUCUUCGAGCUCAAUAAUGUCUGUAUACUAUUACUGUGUACACAUGGUGACAUGGAUAUACUAUUUUUUUUUACCAACACCAUGUCUUGAUGGCUGUUGUGCUUGAAUAAUUGGAAGCGAGAAGUACUAUCAAAGAAUCUUUUUUGGGGAAAAUGUGAGAAUGGUUUCUUCACCACUUCUCACUUCACAGUUGUGUAGGCAUGGUUUUUUCAUUGUGACCUCCAUUACAACCCUUAGGCCUCGUUUGGGAACACAUAAACCGGUCGGUUUCCACGGGACGGCCGGCACACGGGCUAUCUGAAAACAUGUUUUAGAGGCUUGUGUACGGAUUUGUUUCACCCCGUGUACCACCGGUUUGCACAGGGUAAGGUUUUCUAUGCCCCGCGCCUCUCUCUCGCCCUCACCUAGCGCUGCCCUUAGCCACCGCCCCCGCCGUCGCCACAUCUGCCACCUGCCACCACCAGGUUGCAUCUCUCGUCCUCGUUUGUGCGCUGUCACCUGCCACCGCCCUCACCUACCGGCUACCGCUGCCGCCGUCGUCAUCUCUAUCGCCCAACGCCACCAGGUUACAGACACGGUAACCACGGUGUACGGCAACAGAGAUCCAACCAGAUCUGGAUAACAAGACUGCUUGCUGUCUGCUGGGAAGUGGAGCAAGCUCAAGUUUAUAUCCGCCUCGAGGGAACCGGUGGGAGAAAAGGGAGUGGACAGAUCUGACUCAGUUCUUGUCUCCGCUUUUCUAACUUCUCACAGGUUGGUUGCAAUGGCCCAAGGAAUGACUAAACCAAAAGCAGAACAAACCUGUGUGAAUUUCUGUCGUUGCAAGAAGAACAAACCUGACAUUUUUUUAUACUAGUGUCUUAGUCAUCAAUCUAAUGAUAUUAAUUAUAUACUGUUGAUAUUAAUAAUUUUUUUAUAUUUGGUUAAAGUUAAAAAUAGUUGACUAAUUGAAAACGAUAACAACAUUUAUCUUGGGACAGAGGUAGUAGAAUGUUAGAGGUUUGAUUCAACUGUCAACUGCUGUGUCCCUAAAGCAUGAUUACCCUGUUGGAAAUCCAUUUGGCGACGGCGACGGUAUCAGCUCACAGUAUUUGAUAAAUAAGUUCACAGUAUUUGGUUCAACUGUUAACAUUUAUCUUGCUGCAGAUGCUGUGGUGUUCAGACCUCACAAAGGCUGCAGGCUUGGCGUAGAGAUGGAUUUCUAAGAAAAGAAAAAAAAUGGUGCUUCCUGCUUACAAUUUAUUAGUUAUCAACCACAAACACUGUGAGCUUUUGCAGACAGAAAUUGCCUUAUUUAUAUUUACAGAAACAGAUCACACUGGUUGCAACCUGCACUGUAUAGCAUGAUGAAAAUGAUGUCUACGAGAGAAGGGGGGAAACAGAAGAAGAAUCUGAAGAUUUAGUGAAACCAAAACAGAAAGGUACAUAAGGUCUGAUAGAGAUUGAGAAUCCAAACCUGGUGAAAUUAAAGAAUAUAAAGGUCAAGGACAUUGAUGUGGUAAUGUAUUGUGGAAUCCUGUUUUACAACUUCAACCAUUGAUUCCAGUGAAGCUAAUGCCAUGGAAUGGAAUUCUCACCACGUUUGCUGGCUGUACGAGUACACAAAUCUGAUGAAUGGAUUCAGCUAAAAUGUCAUAGAAUGGACCCGGAAUUUAUGCUCUUUUUUUGUGCUCUCUCAGCAUGUGCUAGCUGGUUAAGUACUAGCAUUGCUAUUGGGCGCUAUUUUGUAUGCUUGUUCUGCUGUCUUUUGGAUGUAAACGAACAAGUUUGCAUGCUUGUUCUGCUAUUGGAUAAGAAGUAUUAGCAUUGCUAUUUGCAUGCUUGUUCUGCUGGUUAAGAAGUUAAGAAGUAUUAGCA